AUGGCAGCAGGGCAGCCCUACGGGCAGGGUGCCCGGGUCUGGAUCCCUGACUGCGUCCAGGUCUGGAGGGCGGCAGAAAUAACCAGAGACUACAAGGAAGGAGAUGCCGUUCUGCACCUCUGCCUGGAGGAUGGCUCGAUGCUGGCUUACCCCAUCGAGUCCCAGCUGCCGCCUCUCUGCAACCCCGAGUGCCUCUCGGGCAAGGAUGACCUGGUGGCCCUGAGCUACCUGCACGAGCCGGCCGUGCUGCACUCGCUCCGCGUGCGCUUCCUGGAGGCCAAUGCCAUCUACACCUACUGCGGUAUCAUCCUGGUUGCAAUCAACCCCUACAAGCCGCUGCCCAUCUACGAGGAGGAGGUGAUCUAUGCCUACAGUGGCCGGGAGAUGGGGGACAUGGACCCCCACAUCUUUGCGCUGGCGGAGGAGGCGUACAAGCAGAUGGUGAGGUUCAGGAAGAAUCAGUCCCUCAUCAUCAGCGGCGAGUCGGGCGCAGGGAAGACAGCAUCAGCCAAGUAUGCCAUGAGGUACUUCACUGCCGUCGGGGGCUGCCUGGGGGACUCCAGCAUGGAGGAGAAGGUGCUGGCCUCCAGCCCUGUCAUGGAGGCCUUUGGGAAUGCGAAGACGACCAGGAAUGACAACAGCAGCCGCUUUGGGAAGUACAUCGAGAUUGGCUUCAGCCAAGCCCAUGUCACUGGGGCCACCAUCAAAACCUACCUGCUGGAGAAGUCCCGCGUCACCUUCCAGGCGAGAGCAGAGAGGAACUACCACAUCUUCUACCAGCUUUGUGCCUCAGCUGUCCUGCCUGAGCUGCAGGGCCUGGGUCUCCGUGGGGCAGAGACCUUCCACUACACCCGCCAGGGUCGGUGCACUGCCAGCACCGAUGAUGCAGCUGACCUGGACAGCACACGGCAUGCCUUCUCCCUCCUGGGUGUCCCCGAGGCCGACCAGCUGGAGCUCUUCUCCGUCCUUGCUGCCAUCCUGCAUCUGGGCGACAUCGCAAUCAGAGGGAGGGACCGCCACGGGGACGGGUGCUUCGUGGAGCCCGCUGAUGAGGCCCUGGGGCAGUUCUGCACGCUGCUGGGCAUUGAGGAGGCACAGGUCACACGCUGGCUCUGCCAUCGCAAGCUGGUGACCGCUGGCGAGACCUACCUGAAGCCGCUCUCCAGGCAGCAGGCACUGGACUCCCGGGACGCCCUGGCCAAGCACAUGUACGGGCAGGUCUUCAGGUGGAUGGUGAGCAGGGUCAACCGUGCCCUGCGGUCACCGGAGGGCCACCACACCUCCAUUGGCAUCCUGGACAUCUACGGGUUUGAGAUGUUUGAGUUCAACAGCUUUGAGCAGUUCUGCAUCAACUACGCCAACGAGAAGCUGCAGCAGCUUUUCAACCUGCAUGUCUUCAAGCUGGAGCAGGAGGAGUACGUGACUGAGAAGAUCCCUUGGGUCUUCGUCGAUUUCUGUGACAACCAGCUGUGCAUCGAGCUCAUUGAGGGCCGCCUCGGCAUCCUGGACCUGCUGAAUGAGGAGUGCAAGAUGCCCCAAGGCAGUGACGGGAGCUGGGCACAGAAGCUCUACCAGACCCACCUCGGCAGCUCCCACUUCCAGAAGCCCAAGAGGCCCAUGGACGCCUUCAUUGUCUGCCACUUUGCUGGCAAGGUGGAAUACCAGUGCAGUGGGUUUGUGGAGAAGAACAGGGACACCAUCCCCGAGGAGCUGGUGGGGCUGCUGCGAGCCAGCAAGUCUGCCCUGCUCGCCGAGCUCUUCCUGGAGGAUGGGGAUGGGGCUGUGUCCCUGCAGUCCCGCAGGUCCAGCGGCCCCUGGCUGCCCGGCCGCCCCAGCCGCAGGUCGCUGCCCAGCAGCCAGAGGAGCAAGAAGUCCAUCUCCAGCCAGUUCAGAGCCUCCCUGAACCGGCUGAUGGAGAUGCUGGGCAGCACCACGUCGCACUACAUCCGCUGCAUCAAACCCAACGACGGGAAGCUGCCCUUUGUGUUUGACUCCAGGCGAGUGGUGGAGCAGCUGCGAGCCUGUGGGGUCCUGGAGACCAUUCGGAUCAGUGCCACGGGCUACCCCUCCAGGUGGACAUACCAGGAGUUCUUUGACAGGUACAGGGCUCUGGUGAGCAGAGAGGAGCUGGUGGGUGCUGAUGUGAAGCAGAGCUGCAGCCUUGCCCUGGGGAGGCUGCUCCAGGACCCCAGCAAGUACCAGUGUGGGAAGAGCAAGGUGUUUUUCCGGGCCGGCCAGGUGGCCUACCUGGAGGAGCUGCGGUACCGGCGGCUGCGGGCAGCCUGCACCCUGCUGCAGCGGCACCUGCGGGGCUGGCUGGCGCGGCGGCGCUUCGGGCGGGCGCGUGCUGCGGUGCUCUGCCUGCAGCGCCAUGCCCGGGGCCUGCUGGCCCGCAGGCUCGCCGCGAUGCUGCGGAGGAGCAGAGCUGCUGUGGUGCUGCAGAAGACUGUGAGGAUGGUGCAGGCCCAGCGCUCCUACCUGCGCACACGCCGGGCUGCUGUCACCAUCCAAGCCUUUGCCCGGGGCAUGUUUGCCCGGCGUCUGUACCGGCAGAUGGUGCGGCACCAGAAAGCCGUGGUGAUCCAGGCAGCUGUCAGGGGCUGGCUGGCCCGGAGCCGCUACGCCCGGCUGCGUGGGGCCGUGCUCUACCUGCAGUGCUGCUACCGCCGGGCGCGGGCACGCCGGGAGCUGCGGCGCCUGCGGGCGGAGGCGCGCUCGGUUGAGCACUACAAGCAGCUGCACAAGGGCAUGGAGAUCAAGGUGAUGCAGCUGCAGUGCAGGCUGGAUGAGCAGGCCCAGGAGAAGCAGCGGCUGGCGGAGCAGCUCUUGGCACUGAACACUGCCCAUGCCGAGGAGGUGCAGCGCCUGCGGGCAGAGAUGCAGGGGCUGCGGGAGGACGCGGCCCGCGAUGCCCAGGUCCAGCAGCUGCAGGAGCGGCUGGCCGAGCUGGAGAGGCACAGUGCUGAGAGCCACCUGGCCCAGGAGGUCGAGGAGCUCCGGCAGCGCCUGGCAGAGGUGGAGGCCAUGAAACUGCACCUGGGGGAGGAGAGAGAUGCCCUGAUCCAGCGCACCUUGGAGCAGUCGCAGGAUCUGGAAGAGCAGCACCAGCGUGCAGCGCGGGAGAGCCGGGGGCUGCAGCAGGAGCUGGAGGAGGAGCGGGCGCGCUACCAGAGCCUGGUGAAGGAGUACGCCCGCCUGGAGCAGGGCUACGAGAAUCUGCGGGACGAGGUGGCCUUCCACAGGCAAAGCACCAUCAGACGCUCCCCUUCGUCCGAGAGCUUCCUGGGCUCUGAGAGCAGCUACCUGUCCUCCAUGUCCACCGCCCCAUCACGGGAUGGCUCCGACCAGCAGGCUGAGGGGCCAGAGGAGCGCUGGCAGCCGGUGCCUGAGGCUCCCCAGCCCGCGGGGGAGCCGCUGCCCAACGGCGGCGCAGGGCAGGACCCCUUGGAGCAGGCGUACCUCCUCCUGCUGGGGCAGCUCAAUGCUGUCACCGAGGAACUGGCCCGCACCCGCGAGGAGCUGCGGAGGAGCAAAGCCUCUGCCGAGCACGAGGAGAAGAAACCCCUGGACUUCCUGAAGCGAAGGAACAUCGCCGGGAUGCUGGGGCUGGGCAGGAGCCCAGAGAAGGCAGCGGACGAUGACUUGAAGCAUGCAUACGAUGCCGUGCAGGUUGCCAACAAGCUGCUGGCGAGCCAGCUGCAGGAGGAGAAGCAGCAGCACGAGGAGGAGGUGGAGGGGCUGCACCUCGACAUCCGCUCGCUCAAGCAGCUGAGCCAGCAGCAGGCAGCCCUCAUCCAGGACCUGCAGCGGCACCAGGGCCAGGAGGGGCUGCAGCACCAUGUCGUGCGGCUCAAGGAGGAGAACUGGGAGCUGAUCCAGAAGCUGGAGAAGCAGGAGAGGACCACCAUGAAGCUCCAGAAGCAGCUCAGAGCCUAUGCAAAGCAGAUCCAGGACUUCACGGUGAAGAGAGAGACCACCGGGCUGGGGCAGGAGCCAGCAGCAUCCCAAGCAGUCCCAUCCCCACCGGGGCUGUCCCAGGCCAUGCUGGCGUGGAGGAUGGAGGAUGAAGGGCGCAUCAUCAAGGCUAUCAUCACAGACUACCGCCCGCCUAGCAGCCCAGGGGCACUGCCGGAACUGCCAGCCUUCCUCCUCUUCCUCUGCCUCCGCCACGCAGACCACUGCCGUGACGAGCCGCGGGCCUGCUCCCUGCUGGAUGCGGCCAUCAAUGCCAUCAAGAGGGUGAUGAAGAAGCACAGCGAUGACUUUGAAGUUGUGGCCCUCUGGCUGGCAAAUACCUGCCAGCUUCUGAACUGUCUGCGCCAGUAUGGCCGGGAUGAGAGCUGCUCCCAGGGGAACACGGCGCGGCAGAGCGCGCACCGCCUGCAGCACCUGGACCUGCAGAGCGCCGGCCGCAGCCUGGGCGCCUUGGCUGUGCAGCUCUACCAGCAGCUCAUCCGCACCGCCGAGAAGUGCCUCAAGCCCAUGAUUGUUUCAGCGAUGUUGGAGAGCGAGACCAUCCAGGGCCUGGCCUCCUCCUGCCCUCCUGGCCUUCACCGGCCCUCGGCCCCCAUAGCCCACACCCUGCCUGAGCUCCUGCAGCAGCUGGGCUCCUUCCACCAGGUGCUGGGCUGCCAUGGGCUGGCCCCAGCUGUGGGGCACCAGGUCCUGCGUCAGCUCCUCUUCCUCGUCAGCGGCACCACCCUCAACUACCUGCUGCUGAGGAAGGAUGCCUGCUCCUGGAGCCGUGGCAUCCAGCUCAGGUACAACAUCAGCCAGCUGGAGCAGUGGCUGCGGGCGCAGGGGCUGCAGCACAGCGGGGCCCGUGAGAUGCUGGAGCCGCUGGUGCAGGCUGCCCAGCUGCUGCAGGUGAAGAAGGCGACAGAGGAGGAUGCCGGAGCUAUCUGCAGCCUGUGCACGGUGCUGUCACCGCAGCAGGUCGUGAAGAUCCUGCGGGCGUACACCCCAGCUGCGGGGCUGGAGGAACGUGUGAGCCCCGGCUUCAUCAGCACUGUGGAGAGGCGACUGCAGGAGCAGCAGCAGGAGGGAGGUCCCAGCCAGCUGCUGGUGGACACCAGCCACCUCUUCCCUGUGAACCUGCCCUUCGUCGCCUCCCCUGUGCACCUGGAUGAGCUCCGCAUCCCCGACACCAUCGACCUGGCUUUCCUCGUCCGCCUCUGA